AUGGCCCAACCGCAGCCACCUACAGCGGUGACUCCUCAGGAAACAUACACGUUCACCAGCUUGGAUGCCAAAAUAGCCCAGUACAAAUAUGCCAUUUACAAGACAAAACUGUUGAUUACACGGAUAACCGCCCUUCAAGACAACCCAGAUUUAUUGCUUCUACACUAUAUAAUACCACUCUGCGGUUCAUUAUUCGCCAUAAGUGACCAAUUGUUUGUCUCAAGACUUCAGAAAUUAGCAAAUUACCAACCCUUCAAACCUGGUCCAUUCAGCUUGUCUUCAUCCGUGACCCAUAUUCCAUACGAUAGCCAUGACCAAACGCCAGAAUCACUCCACGAAGUUCCAAAUGUUGCCGAGGCUCAGAGAUGCUUGAAGACAUUCAGCGUGUUGUGCCACAGUGCUUUACAGGGAUACCAGAAGCGAUUGCAGCAGGCUUUGUUGGAUCCUAGUGGACAGGAAUCUGCCGGCUAUUGUGACAAGGCAGUUGCCAAAGUUUUAAGUGCUGUUGACGAUCUCGAUCUAUCGUUGCCACAAGAGUUGGUGGUGUACUCCCAGUCCGCUAUGUCCGAUGAUUCCGAAGCUACAUUGAUGGACAUCGAUAUUCGGACCUUGCUCGAGUCCACCAAACUAGUCAAGGAAAACUUGAUUAGAAUCAAACCAGACGUUCUCAAACUAAAGGGAAUAGCAGCCGUCAACCAGCAGUUGCGCGAGAGGACAUUGAGAUCGUUUCAAGACUGGCAGUGUAGUUUACAUGUUCUCAUGGUUCUCGCAACGAGGCUAAACGAAUUGUACUCCAUGUUACGCAGAAUCGGAAGACAAGCAUACCUCACGAACUAUCAGCAUUUGUAUGACCAAAGGUUGUCGUUUCAGUCGAGAAAUCCCGGAUACUUUCGACAUCAUGUUCUCAAGGAUAUUGAUUUGCAUCUCAAUUCUCCAAAGAAAAACGGUUCCCUAAUAGCAACUUUGACCAGACUACUCCGCCAGAGCUCUUUGCACCCGGUAGAUGCCAAGACGGUGGCCGACUUUGCGGGCUACAUAAACCAGGGUUUCAUGAUUGUGGAGAAGCUUUGCAAUGCCAUCGAAGACUUCUCCUUGCACUGGAUUGCAGCCGAAUUGAGAUUCAGAAAGGUACACAACUUACCCGUGAAGGCAUUGCUUGACAUCUACAAUACUUAUAAGAGUGCACCAGAGCCGAUCUCCAAUUCAACAACGACACAACCAACGAAACCAGCACCCAAACAACCAGAUUCCAAGUUAAACGACUCGCUUGCCUCGUUGAAUAUUGGUAGUGAACCAAAAACUCGUUCUUCCAGGUCGUCCUCCGUAUCGAGUACGUCCAGUAUCACCAGCAACACCACUCGAAAUGUCCCUGGAAACCGUGCCUCGAUGGUGCUGCCUUUGAAGGCGACUCCUCCAAAACCAAGACCAUCAUCCGCCAUUUUCAUGAACUCCAACUUGUCCAUCCCCACCAUCUCUACAUCCAAACCUGAAGCCGAAGCUAAGACAACGACACCCACUGGCCGGCGCCGGUCGAAUUCUCAGCCAAUUCGAAGUCCCGUUUCCGAAGAACGUAAGGGUCUGCCAACAGUCAAGUCCCCAUCAGGGUCCAUCCAGUCUCCCGUUGGAUCACUCAGGAGGACGCUGUCACUUACCAAGCGCAGUCCCAAGCCCCAAACCGACCCGUUCGUGACAGCUCCAAUUGCUGAAGAACCUGAACCUCAACUCACUGCUACGCAAAGACUCCAGGCACAUUUGCGACUGGCUGCGAAAACCGGGGCUUUGAUGACCCAAGAGAAAGAGAUCUUGAGCUCGGUUGUAUUUGACCCGAACGAUCCUUCUAGCGUGAAUCUUGGUCGGAAAUCAGUUAAUAAAGAGGCUAAUCUUUCUGCCUCAGCAGCCAGUGCCGCUUCCAAAUUGCACACUGCACCGUCACCGUCCACUCCUCCCACUUUAUCCAAGAGAGACCAAGUCACGAGGCAGAAUACAAGGAAAAACAGCGUCAAGACCCUGCACGUCUUCAGCGAUACCGCUUCGUCGGUGGAAAUCGAAACCAGAACCACCUCAUCGGAAUCAUCAGUUCUGUCAUCAGGAAAUUCCAGUGUGGUAAAAAAAGUGCGUUUUACAGGCGUGCCAGAAUACUCAGAGGCAGAAGAUGCGCCAACAAAGUACCUGAACCGUUUAUUGAAGAACUUUGCUGUGUUCAAGACCCCAUCACCCACAUUGGCAUCUUUUCGCAAACGAGACCAAUUGCUACGAGAAGAGAGCCAAUCGUUCAAAACUCAUGUUAAACGACCUGAUUGA